AUGAGCGCGCUCCCAGAAUUCCACCAACCCUCUACAAACUCGAGGCUAGGCAAUGAAUCAUCCGCUGCCGUGACGAAGCGGUCCCGCGUCGUUAUUUCCCAGUCGAAAGGAGGCUGUGUGACUUGCAAAACCCGCCGAGUCAAGUGUGACGAGCAAAAGCCCUUGUGUCGGCGAUGCAUCCAAGCAGGUCGAAUAUGUGGCAGUUAUAACUACAAAAGCAAAUCAUCGUCGGCUUUGCGUCCCCCUUUGAAGGUCGGCAUCGCAGUGAAUAGCCAUGCAGAGAGGCUUAGCUAUCUGGCAGCUCACGUGCUGUCUUUGGACAACAACAGCUGUCUUCUACAAGAUGACGAUGUCUGGGGGCGCGUAUUUUACCAGCUAUCGAAUCAAGUCGAAUGUGUCAAGGCCGCCGCCGUCGCGUUUGGGGCUGCGUACGAAUCAUCGCUCAGUGACACCAUCUUUAAUGGGACUUGCUCGGCCUGGCAUUACUACGGCUCAGCUCUGGCAAAACUCCAAUCUGACUAUAACAACGAGGCCGUCGGCCCAGAGUCCCUGGUUCUGGCUUCAAUGAUCCUAGCCUGCGUUGAGAUUUUAAGCCAACAUGAGCAAAAUGCAUUCGUGCAUUUUCUUGGUGCCGUACAAACCCUGGAUAAAAUACAUCACCGUGGCUGGCGGUCCGUAUCUACUGACAUUGUGAGCAUAGUCAAAGACGGACUAAUCCAAAUGAAUCUCAUAAUUUGCAGUUACGGCUUGUCUCGGACGCCCCAGUUUAUGUAUCUGGAAUCCCAAGAAGGAACUGAUGGAGACGAUAUAUUCCGUGAGCCGGAGCUUGCCAUUAAGGGCGCCAUGCGCUGCCUCCGUCGAGUAUAUCAAUUCGUUGAGUCGGCCGCCCGACUGCGGUACACGUAUCCAAGCUGGAAAGAUUAUGAUCUCGACAUGUGUAAGAAUCAAUCAGACGCGGUGACCUACUGCCGUUCGGUUCUUAAUGGCCUUAUGGCGCUUUCUACCACACUGCAAGCUCACUAUUCGUGUACAACGUCUACACUGAAAGCUUCAGAAACACUGGCAGACAUUUUUGCUAUUCGCACGCAACUAACGUCGGCUUUGAUCUUCGCUCUGUGUGCCCACAGCCCAUAUGAAACAGUGUACGAUGAACACCAGGACCUGUUCAGAAGCAUUGUGAGUGACGCUGCGGCAUCAGCGCGGCUAAGGCGACAGACCAAGUCAAGCGCUUUGAAACGCUUUUCCACACGUCCCGGCAUUGUCAGCCCUCUCUUUAUCGUGAGCAUGAAGUGCAGAGAUCCAACGCUGCGUGCUUUAGCCACGACGAUGCUCAGCGAACAAAGUCGCGAGGGGCCUGCCGAUGGACAAAUCCUAGCGGCAAUCGGUGCUCGAAUGGCCAAACUUGAGACAUCUGCGAGUAUACCAUCUUACUCCGGCGGCCCUCUAGCUGCUUCAAACAUCCUCGAAGAGCACAGGAUUGGCGGCUACACUGUGCCUCAUCCAAGAUUGGAUAGCGAGGGCCGUCGCGUCGUUGACAUUCUUUUCAGUCGACCAAACCCGCCUCUCGCGGAAGGUUGGGGCCAUGUUAAUUACUCGAGCCAAGACGGUUGGAUUUACUGGUCGGAACCAGUUGAAAUUUGA